CAGCUGCUGGCCCCGGUGACGUUCCCGGGCUCUCCCGGAAUCCUGCCCGCUGUGAGCUGCUCGGGGGACAGGGACACGGCGACCGCAGCCAUGGGAUCGCAGCUGGAAGGGGCCAUGGAGACCCUGAUCAAUGUCUUCCACCACUACUCGGGCAAGGAGGGGGACAAGUACAAGCUGAGCAAGAAGGAGCUCAAGGAGCUGCUGCAGAGCGAGCUGGGAUGUUUCCUGGAGACCCAAAAGGACGCGGGGGCCGUGGAGAAGAUCAUGCAGGACCUGGAUGAGAACGGCGACGGGGAGGUGGAUUUCCAGGAAUUCGUGGUCCUGGUGGCCGCCCUGACCGUGGCCUGCAACACCUUCUUCUGGGAGAACGCCUGACGCCCCUCCUGCCGCAGCAGGGCGCGGGUUCCCAAAAUCCAGAGCCCCCCCGGCACCCCCCCAGCUCACCCCCUCCGCUCCCCAGCAUUCCCAGGGGAUCCUGCUGGGAUCCAGCUGCACAAUAAAGGCACCGACCCUGCCCGA